AUGAAUCGUCUGUCCAACGUCAACCAGCAUUUAACUGCUAACGAGGCCUCUUCCAAGUCCAAGAUCCUCGAGAAGAACGCCGAUGACGUCGUCAUUGUCGCUGCCUACCGUUCUGCCAUCACUCGUGGUGGCAAGGGCGGCUUCAAGGAGACCACCUCCGGCGAGUUGCUGGCCAACUUGUUUAAGGCUACCAUCCAGAAGGUCGGCAUUGAUCCCAAGGUCAUUGGUGACGUUGUGGUCGGCAAUGUCUGCAACCCCGGCGCUGGUGUCAACGAGCACCGCGCUGCCCAGUUGGUUGCUGGCAUCCCCUACACUACUCCUUUCCAGGCUAUCAACCGUCAGUGCUCUUCCGGUCUCAUGGCCGUCAAUGCCAUUGCCCAGGAGAUCAUCACUGGUCAGAUCGAUGUCGGUUUGGCUGCCGGUGUCGAGUCUAUGUCCAACAACUACGGCCCUAACAUGAUGAGCGCUUUCCCCGCUCGCUUCACCGAGAACGAGGCUGGUAUGUCCUGCCUCAUCCCAAUGGGUAUCACUUCCGAGAACGUCACUGAGAAGUACGGCCUUACCCGCAAGGAGCAGGACGAGUUCGCCGCUGCCUCUUUCCAGAAGGCCGAGAAGGCCCAGAAGGAAGGUCUCUUUAAGGAGGAGAUUCUGCCUUUGCCUGCCAUCAAGAUCGACGAGAACGACAACGAGUCCGAGGUCACUAUUUCUGAGGACGACGGAAUCCGUAAGGGCGUCACUGCCGAGUCGCUUGGCAAGCUCCGCCCUGCCUUCAAGUCUGACGGUGCCACCACUGCCGGCAACUCUUCUCAGGUCUCUGACGGUGCUGGUGCCGUUAUCCUGGCCCGCCGCUCUGCCGCCGAGAAGCUUGGUCUGCCCAUCAUUGGUAAGUGGGUUCACGCCAAGGUCGUUGGUGUCCCCCCUGAGAUUAUGGGUGUUGGUCCCGCCGUUGCCAUUCCCGCCGUUCUUAAGGACAUUGGUUUGACCGUCGACGAUGUCGACAUUUUCGAGAUCAACGAGGCCUUUGCUUCCCAGGCCCUCUACUCUGUUCGCUCUGCCAAUAUCGACAUCAACAAGGUCAACCCCAAGGGUGGUGCUAUUGCGUUCGGCCACCCUCUCGGUGCCACUGGUGCUCGCCAGGUCUCUACUCUUAUGACUGAGCUCAAGCGCACCGGCAAGAAGAUUGGUCUCACCUCCAUGUGCAUUGGUACGGGUAUGGGUGCUGCUACCGUUUUUGUUUCUGAGGCUUAA